AUGGCAGAUUACGGUGAGGAGCAGCGCAAUGAGCUGGAGGCUCUGGAGUCCAUACACCCCGACUCCUCCACAGUCUUAUCAGAAAGUCCACACAGCUUCACCAUUACUGUGACAUCUGAGGCUGGGGAAAAUGGUGAAACUGUCCAGACUACCCUCAAGUUUACAUACAGUGAAAAAUACCCAGAUGAAGCUCCUCUUUAUGAAGUAAUCUCUCAGGAAAAUCUACAAGAUAAUGAUGUCUCAGACAUUUUAAAAUUAUUAGCAUUGCAAGCAGAAGAAAAUCUUGGUAUGGUGAUGAUUUUUACAAAAAGAAACAAAGAAAAAAAAAACAAAAAGAAACAAAAAGAAAAAGAAGCAGAAGGAGCCGAAAAGCAAUUAUUUCAUGGCACUCCUGUUACAACUGAGAAUUUCCUAAGUUGGAAAGCCAAGUUUGAUGCAGAACUCUUGGAAAUAAAAAAGAAACGAAUGAAAGAAGAAGAACAAGCAGGAAAAAAUAAAUUAAGUGGGAAACAGCUAUUUGAAACAGAUCAUAAUCUUGACACAUCUGAUAUCCAGUUUUUGGAGGAUGCUGGAAACGAUGUGGAGGUAGAUGAGUCUCUGUUCCAGGAAAUGGAUGACUUGGAGCUGGAAGAGGAUGAGGAUGAUCCAGACUAUAAUUCUGCUGACCCAGAGAGUGAGUCGACUGACUAA